AUGGUAAUGGCGAACUUCUGCCUCGUUACGGCAGAUUUAUUGAAUAUUGAACCCAUUAUCUAUCUAUCUAUCACCCUCUUCAUAUCUAUCACACUCUUCAUACCUAUCAAUCUAUCUAUCUAUCUGUCUUUCUCAUCUCUUCAUAUCUACCUAUCUAUCUAUCUAUCUAUAUCUCUAUUUAUGUUUCAUUCUUCCUCUUUUUUUCUUUCUUUUUUUAUUUAUUUAUUUGCCGCCUUCCUUCUUAUUUCCCUACUCACGUCCUUAUUCCUACUCCUUUUUUUCUUCUUCUCCUUUUUCUUUUUUACCCUCUUUCUUUCUCACUUCCUCUUCCUCGUCUUCUCCCCUCCUCCUCAUCAUCUUCUUCCCCCCCCCUCUUAUUUUUUACCAAUUCUACCUUUUCGAUUUCCAUUCAUUCCGCUUCCUCAUACUUCUACUCCUACUCUGACACCGUGCGUUUUCUCUUAUCGCAUCACUUCUCUUUUUUUUUUUUCUUGCUCUAAUUUCCCUGUCUUUCCUCCACUUGCUCCCCUCUCUUCUUUGCUUUCAGCUUUCGACUCACCCUCUCCUCCUCCCUCCCAUUCUCGUAAUAUCUUCUCCUUUCCUUCUUUGCUUUCUUUCUUGUUAAUAUUUUUCAUGUCAGUUCAAUCAUAUUUAUUCACUUUCUCUCUGCUUCUUUUUACUUUCUUUCUUUUUUUCAGAUAUUUUUCUUACGAUUUUCCUUCAUUCUUUUUCCCACGUUUUUUCUUUUUUAUUGUUUCACUUUUUCAGUCAUUUUUUUUUCUUUUUGUUCUUUUUCCACUUUUCUUUUUUUAUUCAUUUCCGUUUUCUUUCUGUUUGUCCAUUUUCUUUCCAUCUUUCGAUCUUAAUUUCUUUCUUAUUAUUUUUGUCUUUUCUUUUCGCUUUCUUUUAUGUUUCGUUUUUUUUUUUGUUCUAUUCUCUUUCAUUUUUUUUCUUAUUUCUGCUCAUUCUUCCGUUUCUUGGUCUUCUUACUUUUCAUUCUUUUUCAUUUUCUUACUUUUUUCUUUCGUUUUCUUUCUUUUUUUUCAUUUUAAUAUUUUCACUUAUAUUUCUUUCUUAUUUGAUUCUAAUUUUUCCUCGAUUGCUUUUAUUCAUUUUUCUUUCUUUUCAUCUUUCCUUUUUCUUUCCCCUUUGACAUUUCUCUCUCUUUUAUGGUUUCUAUCUCACUUUCUUUACGUUUUUCCUCUAUUUCCGCUUUUUCUUUUCACUUUCUCUUGUUUUCUCUAUUCCUCUUUCAUGUUAAUUUGUGCUUUAUCGCUUUCUUUCUUUUCCCUAUUUUUUUUCGUUUCUAUUGUUUCCUUUUUUCAUCCAUUCUUUUUUUCCAUUUUUAUUUAUUUAUUUUUGUUUUCACUUUCUAAAUUUCUUUCUUUCACUUUUCCUUUUAUCUUCUUUCUUUCAAUGCUUCAUUUUUAUUCUCUUUUAUUUUUUCUGCUUGUUUAUCAUUUUUCUUGUUUUUUUUCUUCUUUCUUUUAUUUCCCUUAUUUCUUUCAUCCUCAUUUAUUUAUAAAGGUUGUUGAUUUUCUUUCUUUUCUUCUCUCUAUUUUUCUUCUGUUACGUCCUUCUUUCCGUAUAUUGCCUUCCUUUUCUAUUCUGUUUUCCUUUCCGUUUGAUAUUUCUAUUUUUGUAAUCUUUUUCUAUAACCCCAAUAUUCUUCCCUAUUUCUAUCUCUUUCUUUUCAUUUUCUAUUUCUUUUUUCUUCAUUCUGCUUGCUUUUCUUCGAUUCUUCUUUCACUUCAUUUUUGGGUUACAGAGCUUUUCUUUCUUUCUUUUUCAUUUUUCUUUCUUUUUUUCUUUCCUUCUUUCUCUUGCUUUCAUUUUUUCUUUCUUUUAUCUUUCUUUCUUUUCUUACUUUUUGUUUUCUUUCUUUAG